UAACUGUAAUGCAUACAUUAAAACUCGAGAUGGUGGAAUUUUGACUAUUUUAGCUCAACUCCGUAGACUUUCAAAUUCCACCCUCAAAAUGCCCACCACCGGGACGUCCACCGUCUCCGUCGUCACCACCAUCCUCCUCCUAACCACCAUCACCACCACCACUUCCACCCCAAUCCUCGGCCUAGACUCCUUCCUUUCCCACCACUCCCACCUCGACCCCCACGCCACCAACGACACCUUCCUCUCCCUCUCCUCUGCCCUCAAAAAAUCCCUCUCCUCCACCCUCCGCCCACCCCCCACCACCUCCUCCCUCCUCUCCCUCCAAAUCACCUCCCCAAUUCACAUCAAACUCGUGGGCCCCUCCUCCUCCUUCCCCUCUUCUUCCCCUCACCUCCUCCACUCCUUCCUCUCCGCCGCCCUCUCCUCCGAUCACUUCCACGUCAUCACCCCUUUCCUCCACUCCCACCGUCUAUCCCUCACCCACUCCCCCUCUUUCGACGUCUCUCUCUCCUCAUCUUCUCUCUCCUCCACCCUCUUCAACACCAUCAAAUCCCAAAUCGCGUCCACCCCAGCACCCCUCAGAUCCAAUCUUAUCUCAAUCUCUUAUUCUCAAAUCGAUACAAUCAUUAAACAGGAUUACGAAAAAGAAAAACCCCUUCACGGAGUUUACAUCUAUUUGUUAAACUUAGGCUCGCAAUCAAAACCCUAUGCGUAUCGAUACACUGAAACCGAUUCCUCUCUUGGUGUUACCAAAUGUUCUGGAAGCAUCUGGACCGGGAAAAACCGCUACUUGUGGAUUGAUUUGGGUGCUGGACCGGUGGACUACGGACCGGCGUUGUCCGGUGACGGUGUCUUACCCAAAGGUGAGUUUCAUCCGUUGACUGCUGUUCAUGGUAGAGUUAAAUCUCAAAAGGGUUUGCUUGCUGACAUGGCUUCUUUGAUUUGGAGUGCUUAUAAGGUGCUUCUUGUUCCUUCGUUAAGAAUUCCUGUUGGGUUUGAGAAUCAGUUGGUUGUUCAGUUUAUACAUGUUCAUGGGGUUGAGAAGGAUUAUAAAGGGUUGGAUUUUAGUGAAAUUGAGAAGAGUUUUGUUGAUGGGGGGAAGGAUUCCGGGUUGUUGUUUGGUGAUCAGGAACUGAGGUUUAAGAAGUAUGAUGUGGAUAUGGGGGAGUGUUCGAUUUGUUCGUUUGCGAUAUCACUUGCGACUACUUCGUAUACGUCUAGGUACUUGUUUGAGAAUUAUACUUUGAUUGUUAGUGAGUAUUUGGAUUCGAAGCGGCUUCAUCAGACGUUGUCGGAGAGUCAGGAUGAGAUUAGGAGGUUAGCGGGUCUGCCGGAAGAGGAUUUUGGACGGGUUUUGCCGGUUUAUGUUUUUGAUUUGGAUGUGAAUUCGAUUUUGUUGCUUGAUCGGUACCAUCAAUCUGUUGCGUUUAAGGAUAUGGUAAUUGCGGUUAGGACUAAGAAUACACAGACGGUUAGUGAUUAUAGUUGUAAUGGGCGUCAUGUGUUUACGCAAACUCGGGAGCUUGAAAGGCCGCUUGUGGGUUCGAUUUUGCAGAGUAUGUGGGGCGUGUCGCCGACCCAUUUGGUUUGGAGUGCGCAGCAUAAUAGCACGAUAGUUGAUUAUACAUGGAGUGUGGGACACACGCCGUUUGGACCGUUUUCAGAACUUUCUUCGUUGUCUUUUAUACAAAAAGACGCCGCAAGAAGAAAUGUUUUGUUAACGUCUUUGAAUUACACUAUUACUAGUGCGAUCGACGUUCUUGAAUCCAUAGCAGCCCAUGGUGGGGAGAGAAAGCUUCUGCCGCAUAACCAACUUGCGGAGUUUAUACAAAGAUGGAAUCUGUUCAAGUACAAAAUUGAUAAAGUGGUCUCGUCGUUGUCACAUUUGGAUUUCGAAAUGGGCUUAUAUUACUUGAGGUCUUCAGAUCAUGAUCUGUAUGCGAUUCAUUCACUUGUGUAUCAUGCAUCUCAAGAUAUGGAGGCGUCACUUGUUUGUUUCGAGGACCCACCGUUUCCAUGGCCGUCGUUUUUGAUGUCUGUAGGGAUCUUCUUUGUUCUUAUGUAUGCUUAUUCACAAAGAGACAAACUGUUUAGUAACAAAAGGAAGCAGUUUUAAUGGUUGGAAUGAGAAAUUGAUGUAGUACUGGAAGAUGAUAUGGUUUAAGGUCAGUUUAAGGAACAUGUUUGCCUUUUUUUAGAUAUAUUUUCUUCUUCAUAGUUGAUAUUUCAGUGCUAGUUUGUUCCUCCAUUUACUGCUAAUUGACUAAAAUUGGAUAAUAUUUUUUCUGCCA